CACAUCAGAUCAUUAAUUCUGUCACCAUCAUGCAUGUAGCUGGACGUAAAAGGAUUUGCAACCUUUAACACAGUGAGGAAAGAAGGACCAACUCAGAGGUGUCGUGUUUGAAGAACAGCUAAAUAUUUUCCGCCCAAGAAAGACCAAUCAUCUGUGUACGGACAUGGCCAGCCCUCAAACGAGUCUGAAAACCCCUUUCAAAGACCUGACGUCAUUCAAAGGCAACAUGAAGCGGCUGUACAGAGAGCGACUGGAGGAUGCACCCAUUAAAAAGCGGGUAAUGGCGGAGAUGCACCUGAAACGACGCAGUCUGGAGAGCGUCCCCAAGCCCCCGAAGGUCAAGAAGGAGCGCGAGGACAACGGCAGCUCAGAAAUGGACAUUGAGGAAAGAGAAUUCCACGUCGUCGGGGCUUCCAAGGCUUUAGAUCUCAGCGCCGGCCUCAAGCACACUCUGGCACAGUUCACGCUGAGCAGCCAGAGCUCCCUGGGAGGUCCUGCUGCCUUCUCAGCAAAAUCUGCGCAGGAGUGCGCCUCUCCUGCUGGCAUGGCUCCCCUACCGUCUCCCCCAGUCCUCGGAGGUGGCCCGCUCUUGGUUCCCUGCGACAGCUCCACAGAGCUCACCCAUUCUCUGCUCGAAGGAGAGUCCAUCUCCUGCUUUGUUGUAGGUGGCGAGAAGCGUCUUUGUCUGCCACAGGUACUCAAUUCGGUGCUGCGAGAUUUUUCUCUGCAGCAGAUCAACGCAGUAUGUGACGAACUUUACGUUUACUGUUCCCGAUGCGAUGCCGAGCAGCUGCACAUCCUUAAGGUGCUGGGCAUCCUGCCUUUCAACGCACCUUCCUGUGGCCUGAUCACCCUAACUGAUGCCCAACGCCUCUGCAAUGCCCUGCUCCGCCCAGGUGCCGCCCUCUCGGCCGACCCCAACAGCAAACUGCCAGGCCAAGGCCUGCUGAAGGAGAGCGAAGCCAGUUUCCAGGUUGAGCACCAGUGUCUGGGCAAGUGCCAAGGCCUGUUCGUGCCCCAAUUCUACAUCCAGCCGGACGCUCCUUGUAUUCAGUGCAUGGAAUGUCAGCUGCUGUUUUCCCCACAGAACUUUGUAAUGCACUCACACAAGUCCCCUGACAAGAGGACCUGCCACUGGGGUUUCGAUUCAGCCAAGUGGCCCUGCUACCUACAGCUGGGCCGCAAGCAUGAGGGCACACCGGAGGAGCCGCAACUCAAACAGCUGCUGAACGAGAUGAAGGAGAAGUUUCACUACCAGCUAAAGAGGCCUCUGGACAAAGUAAAGGUGGUGGAGGCUCAGGGUUUUGUCUUUUUGAUCGAGGGUGUUGUUGAGCUCAGG